CCAGCAAACUGGUGUGUUAUUUCUUAUUAUGAGUUCAGUACAAAAGUGGGAGAAACGUUUGCUGUAAACACGCCAGCUGUUUUUGUUGACGGUGGUGUUGAUCCAUCUGCACCUCAUCGUUUUUGUCUUGGAUCAAUUUCGAAUGUUCAGCGUAAUAUUGACAGUGAACGUUGCAGGAAGCAUAUUGGUCGUGGAAUUCGGUUGGAUGUGAAAGGUGAGGGUGACGUUUGGUUGACUUGUUUGUCGAACCGAGCAGUUUUUGUACAGAGCUCUUAUCUUGAUCGAGAAGCCGGCCGAGAACCUGGCGAUGCCAUACACAAAAUAUAUUCGCAAGCAACAUUGAAGGUUUUCGACUUGCGUCAGUGUUACAGUCAGCUGCGACUGCAUAAUAUGUACCAGUUAGUGGCCACGGAAAUGCUGAAUAAUCCAGCAGGGAAUUCUAAAAAUCCAUUGUUUGCAUUGAACAGAGGAAACGCUGAAUUUACUGGUUGCCUCACUCAGGUAGCAAACAUUGGUGUAGAUGAAUUACGUAGCCUGUGUUCUUUGGCUGUAUCAUUUGUGAAGGGUUGGGGGCCUGAUUACGAUCGUAAAACAAUUACGGAAACACCUUGUUGGAUUGAAGUGCAAAUAAACAGGGCUUUACAGCUGCUCGAUGAAGUUCUUCACCAUCCCACGUCGUCAGCUUACUCCACUAUGCAAUAA